AUGACUCGAGAAACCAAGCCCAACGAGGACCCCUCCAAAGUCCGUAUCUUCGUCGUCCGUCACGGGCGUACAGAAUAUAACUCCAAAAAGGUCAUCCAGGGACACCUUGAUAUAGACAUAGACGAAACCGGAAAGGAACAGGCAGCCAAAGUAGCCCACUACCUAGAAGAUUAUAAAUUCGAUUACUGCGUGACCUCAGACUUGUGUCGGUGUAUCAGCACCAUCAAGGAUAUCUUGCAGAACAACCCACAUUUGACAAAAGAUCUUGUUAGAGUCACGCCAAAUAUGAGAGAGCGUAUGAUGGGACCAGUUCAAGGCAUGAACAUUGUCGAUGCCAAGGAGAAAUACGGAACUCAGUUCAAACAAAUGGGAGAAAAGGAACAUGAACUAAGGUGUCGUGUUCAAGAAGAAUGGGAUCUUUUGGUGAAGAAAGCAGAAGCUGAAGACUACACUAACGUUUUGGUCUGUACACACGGUGGUGUAAUUACCUCGUUCUCUAACCACUUAUACAACGCCAAGGGUUACAGUUUGGGAGAGGGCCUUAAGGAAGAAAACUUGAAAGUUCCUUUCAACACAUCAAUUACAGUGGUAGAUGUGGACAAGUCUACAAAGGAGGGUAUCAUCCAGAAAUUUGGGGUCACUGAGCAUUUGGGCGGUCAUUUCGAAGUGAAGAACCAAGAUUUGCGUUGA